AUGAAUCUAGUUGAGAACAGCGAGCUAAGCAGAAUUAAUGCUUUGUUGGACCGUUUCGACGCAUCGGAUCGCAUAUUUGAGGUGAAGCUGGAAUUGCUCGCAUUUUCCGCCAAACGGUCGGAAGGAUCAUCGCGACAGCAGACUUAUGCUGAGUAUUUCACUUACCUCAUGAACCACUGCUUCCCAGACUACACCUUCAGUCAACUUGACAUGAAGCACUUUAAUCAAGUGAAGAACCUUGGAGCGGUUAUUAACGAUAUUGACUACAACAUGUCUUUCAUUGUGGAGCGGUUUAUGCCAGGAUUCGCAAAGGAAUUUUGGUUACUCAUCAAGGAUAUUGUACCGAUUAACGAGGUAGACAUUUAUACUUACGACAGCUCCGGAGAAGAUACACCGUUUAACGACGGCGACUGCUUACACAGCUUCAACUAUUUCUUCCUAGACAAACGACAACAACUCGUGUUGUUCCUAUGCUGUGUUACAACAGGGAAGUGUAACUCUAAUCAGGAGCUCUCCGAUGAACAGUCGUUCAAUGCUCCCUGCUACCAGGAAAACGCCUCCUCGUGCAACGAGGAGGACUGCCUCUCCGAAUUGGAGAUACCAGAGACCAUGACAUGA